AGUUUAAUUGUCUUUUGAAAAGGAAAAAAUGAUUCCUUUGUUCUUUUCUGGAGAUGGGACAUUGAGGUUAUAAUACAAUUGAGGAAGAAAGCAAGAUUGGUUUAAUGUUUAUACACAAUCUUUUAUGCUUCAAACAUGGUUUUUCUCAAACGGGCUCGUGUAGUUCUCCUCUUGGUUUUUUGAAAAAAAAUUUUAGAAUUUCUUUUGAUUCAACACGUUUGCAAGAACUGAAAUGGGUAGAUUUCUCAGUGGGUUCCUAUUGCCUAUGCUGCUUUUGUUUGCGGCUUUACUAAGUUGGAGUUUGAUAUCUCUUGCUGAUUUGCUAGCCUUUCUCUUCGUUCAAUAUGCUGCUCCGAAAAUUGGUUCUCGAUAUUUGAGGAAACCUUUGGUAACAUGGUGUGCUAUCAUAUUUUCCUUGUUGGUUAUUCUUUCACAAGCAAUAUUUCAUAUUGUUUUGGCUAUUAAGGGGGAUCAGUGGAGUGUAGUUGACACUUGCUGGGCCAGAUUAAUUGGAUUUUUACAUGUGCAAUCUUGGAUAUCUCCAUCUAUCGUCUAUUUUGUGGUUAUCCAAGUACUCGUUGCUUGUGUUGCUCUAUGUGAAAUCCAUGGGAGUAUGUCUGGUUUGGAUCCAUGGAGAAACUCUUAUUUCAGGGGCCUUGACACUUCUGCUGUACUUAUAGGUUCCCAUGUCAGGGUUUUAUGCUGCUUAUUGUUGCCUGGAUUACAAUUAAUUGUGGGUAUCAGUCACCCUUCUUGGAUAUCUUUACCAUUUUUCAUAUGUAGUGCUAUUGGUCUUGUCGACUGGUCUCUAACGAGCAAUUUUCUCGGCCUCUUCCGGUGGUGGAGGCAUCUUCUGUUGUAUGCAGGCUUCAACAUCAUCUUGUUGUAUGCUUACCAACUUCCAAUUGAAUAUUCAGAGAAACUUUUAUGGUUUGCUGAUUUCAUUGGUCUAUUUAGAAUAUCUGCAAACUCGGCCUGGUCGGAAAUUUGUUCUGUUGUGUCUCUUUUCCUUUUCUAUAUUAUACUAUCCUGGAUUAGAUGUGACCUAGAAGAAAUGGAUUUCAUUGUAUCCACUGGGGAAAACAACUUGACCGAGCAGCUUCUUCCUAAAAGGCAUUCGUUUUUUAUUCGCAAGUCAAGAUCAGGAGUGAGGCAUACUAAUGUAUUUUUGCAGAGAGCUGUCUUUCGUACUUUUAGCAUCAAUUUUUUCACUUAUGGCUUUCCGAUAACCUUGCUUGCUCUCACAUUUUGGAGUUUCCAUUUUGCAAGUUUAUGUGCAUUUGGAUUACUUGCAUAUGUUGGCUACGUUCUGUAUGCUUUUCCUCCAAUGCUUCAUUUGCACCGGCUGAAUGGUUCACUUCUUGUUUUCAUUCUUUUUUGGGGUGCUAGCACAUAUGUCUUUAAUGUGGCAUUUACAUUUUUUAACAAGGAGUUGGACAAGGACAUGGUGAUUUGGGAAACCAUAGGCUUAUGGCAUUACUCAACACCGGGGCUUUAUUUACUGGCUCAAUUUGGUCUCGGUGUCCUUGUUGCUAUGGGAAAUCUGGUUAACAAUUCUGUUAUCUCUUAUUUGUCUGAUGAAGAAGGACCAUCUACAAUUGAAAGUUCUAAUGUAGAAGGGAAAGAAGAAACUAUAGUUUUCAUUGUUGCUACAAUUGCAUGGGGACUGCGUAAAACUUCUCGUGUUAUAGUGUUAGCUCUACUACUUCUGAUGUCAACAAAAUCUGGCAUGAUACAUGUUGUAUACAUGAUUUUCUUUAUGAUUCAUCUACUACGAGAUACCGUUGGUAAAAAGCUCCGCAUUUCUUUAAUUCUACUAUGCCAGGCACAUUUUUCUCUAUUGUACAUUCUUGAACUUCAUGUAGUAUCCAAGACCUUCAACCAGAAAUUCUCAUCUUUUAUGGACAUUCUCUCAGACUUGGGCCUUCUUAACCAAACUAGUGGCGAAUUCCUACCAAUGGCUUUGCUUGCAUGCUUCUGUUCCAUUCACAAUCAUGGGUUUGACAUGGUUUUCUCAUUCUCAGCAAUUGUGCAACGUGCUCCCUACCCUCCAGUUGGGUUUAGCAUUUUGAGAGCUGGUUUGAUUAAAUCAGUUCUUCUGUCUCUAAGUUCUUCUAGGGAGUAUCAUCGAAUCAAUUCUUCUAAUGAGAGAAAGAUAACAUCUUAUUUGAGUGCAAUGGGACAAAAGUGUCUCUCAGCAUAUCGAUCAUGGGGAACCUACAUUGCCCUUUCGACUAUUCUUUUUACAGUAUACCUUGUAAUACCUAAUUACACUUCAUUUGGUCAUCUAUUCUUCCUCUUACUUUGGUUGAUUGGAAGACAAAUUUUGGGAAAAACAAGAUGGCAGCUUUGGUUUCCUCUGAAAGUUUAUGCAGUUGUAGUCCUUGUAUUGAUAUAUAGUAUGAGUGUCUUCACUGGCUUUCAGAUAUGGUUGUCAAGUAUAGUCGAUCUUGAUUCUGCAUUUGGUUAUAAAAAUAAAGCUUCAACAAUAGAAAAUAUUUGGGAAUCACUAGCUAUAUUGGUUGUAAUGCAACUAUAUAGCUAUGAGAGGAGUCAUAACAAGAACUUUUUAGAAAACGACUUUGAUGGGCCUGAAAUGAAAGCACUCUCGUUUAUCAAACGUCUUCUGAUAUGGCACAGUGAGAAGAUUCUUUAUCUGGCCUCAUUCUACGCAUCAGUUUCUCCAGUGAGCGCAUUUGGCUUAGUUUAUCUUCUUGGUCUGGUCAUAAGUUCAGUGUUACCAAAAACUUCUAGAACUCCUUCAAUACUAUUACUACUGUAUUCAGGAUUUUUAGCAAUGGUUGAAUAUCUCUACCAGAUGUGGGGUAACCAGGCUGAAAUGUUCCCUGGUCAAAAGCACUCUUAUCUGUCAUUAUUUUUGGGAUUGCAGUUGUACAAGCCAGGAUUCUUGGGUAUAGAAUCAGGCUUGCGGAACAAAGUUUUGGUAAUCGCUGCAUGUGUGCUCCGAUACAAUGUUUUUCAUUGGAUGAAAAUAAUUCCACAUGACAAUGGAAACAGAGGCAAAUGGGAUGAGCCUUGCACUUUGUUUGCCUUUACUGAAGCAACAAAAAAUGAAACAGAAAGUAAACUAACAAGCCACACCUGGUCAUCUUUAAACUCUUCCCUUUUUCAAGGGCCAAACGUUGUGCCUCCUGAAAAACGGUCUUCUGAUGGUAUGAACAACGCAUACUUAUACAACUAUUUCUGGGAAAGUUCCAAAGAGAGUCGUAAGUGGAAUAGAAGAAGGAUUCUUUCUUUGAGAAAGGAUAGGCUCGAUAUGCAGAAGACUAGUUUGAGAAUACAUAUGAAGUUUUGGAUUGAGAAUAUGUUCAAUCUCUUUGGCCUUGAGAUGAACAUGAUAGUACUACUUCUUGCCAGCUUUGCAGUGUUAAAUGCAAUCUCUUUGUUGUAUAUUGCUUCACUUGCUGCUUGUGUUCUUUUACAUCGACGUAUUAUAAAGAGAUUGUGGCCUGUUUUUGUGUUCCUGUGUGCUUCUAUUGUCAUCAUUGAAUACUUGGUUCUUUGGCAGAAUUUAUCUGUUGGGAAGCAGCCUGCUGCACAAGUGCCCUGCCAUGACUGUUGGAGAUCUUUCGAGGUGUAUUACAGCUUCUGUCAAAAGUGCUGGCUAGGAACCAUAGCUGAUGAUCCCAGAAUUCUUAUAAGCUAUUAUGUCGUGUUCAUGUUCUCAUGCUUCAAGCUUCGUUCUGACCAUUUGUCUAUUCCCUAUGGAUCCCAAAUAUACAGAGAAAUGAUAUUUAAUUGCUAUAAAGCCUCUGUUUUAAGUGAUCUCUCAUUUGAAACAAAAGGUUUAUGGACAUAUCUUGACUUUCUUAGGCUCUACGGUUAUUGUCACUUACUUGAUCUUGUUCUUGUUUUGAUUUUGAUCACUGGGACCCUCGAGUACGAUGUCCUUCACCUUGGAUAUCUUGGUUUUGCACUUGUUUUUUUCCGAAUGAGGCUUGAGAUAUUGAAGAAGAAGAACAAAAUCUUCAGGUUCUUAAGAAUGUAUAACUUUGGUCUAAUUGUUAUCUCUUUAGCUUAUCAAUCUCCCUUCAUAGGGAGCGCCACUGAAGGGAAAUGUGAUACCACAGAUUACAUUAGUCAGGUGAUUGGAUUCUAUAAAUAUGACUACGGUUUUCGAAUCACUUCAAGAUCUGCUCUUGUUGAAAUUGUCAUAUUCAUGUUAGUGUCACUUCAAUCAUACAUGUUUUCAUCCAAAGAGUUUGAUUAUGUAUCGAAAUACCUUGAGGCAGAGCAAAUUGGCGCCAUAGUGCAUGAGCAGGAGAAGAGAGCUGCUUGGAAGAAAGAACAUUUGCAGCAUAUAUGUAAAUCUCAAGAGCAAAAGUGCCUGAGAAAUCUGCAAGUUGAAAAGAUGAAGUCAGAGAUGCUCAACCUUAAAAUCCAGCUUGAUAGCAUGACUAUUUCUGGGAAUUGUGGUAACAAUUCUCCAGGAAGUGAAAGUGUUCAAAGAAUAAAAUCCUCCAUGCGUUCACAUAGUGUGAAUGGAAUAUGGGGAAGUGGAGAAAAUGAGUUAAAGAGAGAAGACCUUAGUUUGAGCUCUGAUGCUUUGUCAAAUUUUGAUACAAUUGAAUCUCCAACAAGUGAAGGAGCUGAAAGUUUGUUAGCAGAAUCCUCAAAGGAUAUGAUAGAUAAUCUUCAUGAGAUGCCUCAACUUAAGUUUAAGGCCACUGAUUUGUAUAGCCUUGUGGAUUCAGAAGGAAGAGGUAGGGAAAAGUUGAAAACAAGGGGAAACCCCAUAAUUUCAACAGUUCAUCUUAUUGGUGAUGGAGUUUCUCUAGUUAAGUCCCUUGGGAAUUCGGCAGUCCAUAAUCUUAUUAAUUUCUUAAACAUAGAACACAAGGGACAAGAUUCGGACGAGCAUUCUUCUGAGGAUGAGGUGUAUUAUGAAACAGAAACUGAGAACAUAUGUAAUGAACAAGCAGAACAAACUGCUCAUGUAGUGCGAUCAAGUAGUGACAAGAUCAUGUCUGAUGCUACAUACUCCCAAAUCGGUAUCAUUUUACGUUACAUGUGGAGUCAGAUGAGAUCAAAUAAUGAUGUUGUUUGUUACUGCUGCUUUAUCAUUGUGUUCUUAUGGAAUUUCAGUAUGUUAUCCAUGGUAUAUCUCAUGGCUCUCUUCUUGUAUGCUCUUUGUACAAACACCGGUCCAAGUCAUAUAUUUUGGGUUGUUAUGCUUAUUUAUACUGAGUUCUGCAUACUACUUCAGUAUCUAUAUCAAAUCAUUAUCCAGCAUUGUGGGUUUACCAUUAAUGUAAGCUUACUCCAAGAAUUUGGAUUUCCGGCUGACAAAAUUGUGUCGUCUUUCGUCACAAGCAACUGGCCCCUUUUUUUAGUGUAUUUAUUCACUCUUUUACAAACCACCAUAACAACAAAAGAUAACGAUUGGGGAAACAUGGUUACAGAAUUCAGCUUCAGUAAGAGAAAAAACCAUCUCCAACAAGAUCAUGUAAAGAGAUACAAUUGCCCUCAGAGAAUACAAAGAUUAUUCCUAGCUGUAAGAGAUGUCAGUAGACAGUUUGUCAGAAAGUUGCAUAGGUACUGGAAAUCACUUACAGAAGAAGCAGAAACUCCACCUUACUUUGUGCAGCUGUCUUUGGAAGUUACAUUGUGGCCUGCUGAUAAUAUCCAGCCAGAGAAAAUUGAAUCAGGAAUUAAUAGGUUGCUUAAGAUUUUACAUGAUCAAAGAUGCAAAGAAAAACAUGUGAACCGCUUCCACUCACCAAGUCGUGUUCGAGUUCAAAGCAUUGAAAGUAGCCAGGAAAAUGUUGAUGUAGCUUUGAUUGUUUUGGAGGUUGUGCAUGCCUCUCCUUCAUUAGAAUCCAGUCCAACACCAGCAGAGUGGUACACAUCACUAACUCCAGCUGCUGAUGUUGCUAAUGAGAUCUUAAAAGCUCAACAUGAUGGAAUUCUUGAUUGGAUACGAUUCCCAUACCCAAUACUCUCUGUGAUUGGUGGUGGGAAAAGGGAAGUGGAUUUAUAUGCUUACACAUUCUGUGCCGAUUUGGCUGUUUUCUUCUUAGUUGCCAUUUUCUACAAUUCUGUCAUAAAGAACAACACUGAGUUUCUCGAAGUUUAUCAGCUAGAAGACCAGUUCCCAAAAGAGUUUGUAUUUAUUUUGAUGGCAAUCUUUUUCUUAAUUGUGCUUGAUCGAAUAAUUUAUCUUCGAUCAUUUGCCACUGGGAAAGUGAUCUUCUAUCUUUCCAACAUUGUUCUCUUCACUUAUUCUAUCACAAGGUAUGCUUGGAACAUGGAGCCAUCGCAUCAAUAUGCUGGAAGAUUAGCAUUGCGUGCUGUAUAUCUAACAAAGGCCAUUUCUUUGGCUCUUCAAGCCAUACAAAUUCGGUUUGGGAUGCCAAACAAGAGCACUUUGUACAGACAGUUUUUGACGAGUAGUAUUUCACAAAUUAAUUUUAUUGGUUUUCGAGGUUAUCGCGCUCUUCCAUUCCUCUAUGAACUUCGAUGUGUACUUGAUUGGUCUUGCACAACUACAUCUUUGACCAUGUAUGAUUGGUUGAAAUUGGAGGACAUACAUGGAAGUUUGUUUCUUGUAAAGUGUGAUGUGGAACUCAAUAGAGCCAGCCAUCAACAAGGGCAAAGGCAAUCCAAAAUGACAAAAUUCUGCAAUGGAAUUUGCUUAUUUUUGGUAUUAAUAUGUGUUAUAUGGGCUCCUAUGCUGAUGUACAGCAGUGGAAACCCCACAAACAUAGCAAACCCCAUUAAAGAUGCCAGUGUGCAAAUCGAAAUAAAAACAAUCAGUGGAAGGCUGACAUUAUUCGAAACUACUUUGUGUGAAAAGAUAUCUUGGAGCAAACUCGACACAAAUACUAAGUUAGAUACACAUAAUUAUCUGAGUACAUACAAUGAGCAAGAUAUUCAAUUGAUAUGCUGCCAAGCUGAUGCAAGUUCCUUAUGGCUUGUCCCUCCCGUUGUUCAGGCCAGAUACAUGAAUUCUCUUCAGAGAAGCAUGGACAUUGUCUUCUCUUGGAAAUUUACUAGGGACAGGCCAAAAGGAAAAGAAAUAGUGAAAUAUGAACUAACUGUUCAAGAUCAGGAUCUUCCUAAAUCAUCAGAAGUAAGGGAAGUCUUAAAUGGUACUGCCAAUAGCUUCACAAUACGUAACUUAUAUCCAAGAUACUUCAGGGUCACUGGCUCAGGCGAAGUGAGAUUUCUUGAAAAUGCGGUUGAUUUGGUCAGUGGAGAACUUUUUCUGAAUAGGGGCAAUCCAGAAUGGUGGUCUUUCCAUGACAUAGAUGUAUCGAACAUUGGUGGAUGUGGAGAUUUGGCAGGACCUUUGGCCAUUGUUGUGUCUGAAGAAACACCACAGGGCAUUCUUGGUGAAACACUGAGCAAAUUCAGCAUAUGGGGUCUUUACAUAACCUUUGUACUAGCAGUCGGUCGUUUUAUAAGAUUACAAUGUUCUGAUCUCAGAAUGAGAAUACCAUUUGAGAACCUUCCUUCUUGUGAUAGAUUGCUAGCAAUAUGUGAAGAUAUUUAUGCAGCAAGAGCAGAAGGUGAACUAGAAGUUGAAGAGGUUCUGUAUUGGACACUUGUUAAAAUUUACCGGUCACCCCAUAUGCUUCUCGAGUACACCAAACUAGAUUAAUUUAUAGUGAGAAAGUAAUUGUAUAAUUUUUUUUUCUUUCUCAUGUGCCAUGUUCUAUAGUACAAAAAAUUAUAAUGACCAUUCUAUAAUAUAUGAUCUAUAUCUAUAACAUUUAUAUAAAGAUGAGUAUUUAUUUUUCAUUUUGGUUCAUCUAUCAUUUAGUAUGGUUAAAUUAUUUUGUCUUAUAUAUAUACUAGCGAAAAGCUACGUGCGAGGCACGUAUACUAAAUUUUAUACUA